AAGACCGCAAAACUGCAAAAGUCAACUGCGCCCCGUGCCCGUUCCCGUACCGCGCCACAUCAGGAUUAGCCGAAACGAAAAAAAAACAGGGUAUAAAAAACAAGCAGCAAAUAUGGUUAAGCACAUUUACAUGACACUGGCUGCUCUGGUCAUCUUGGUCAUUGCUGUGAAUUCCGCACCCGCGCGACUGGAGAGCGAUGUUGUGAAACCUGAUUUGGCGCCUGUAAAUAAGGCGGAGAAGGCGCCGAGCUCUAGCGCGGAUAGCGAUGAGAAGGAUGAGGACGACGACGACGACGAUGAUGAUGAUGAUGAUGAGGAUGAGGUGCCAAAGCAGGAGAACGACGAUGAUGACGAUGAUGAUGAUAAUGAUGAAGCGUUCAUUCGACGCCGACGUCGCGCCGCUGAAGUCACAGAGGCCGCGGAGGCCGCUGCUGCUGUGGUGCCAAACGCUGAGAGCGCCACCACAAUUCCAACCACAAGCUCACAGACAACGACGCGCAAGCCCGUGCUCGUCCUCAUACGUGACGCCCUCAAGAAGGUCACCACGGGCCUGCCCACCGAGCAGGUGGCCAACAAUGCCCUGCAGUACUUCCAGCUGUUUGAGCACUUCAUCCAGCAAACCAUCGAGCAGGUGAUUGACGCCGCCGAUGACGACGAGGAGGAGACGCCCGCAGCAGCUGCCGCAGCAACAGUUGCCACGACGGAGGAGGACAAAAAACCCGAGACAGCCGAGGCAGCCGAGACACCAGCCGAGUCCCAGCCCGAAAAGCCAAACGAGUCGGCUGCUCCAGCUCCUGCUGAGGUGGAAAAUGUCGUCCAGCCAGAGGAGCCAGCUGCUGCCAGCAAUGCAGUCUAG